CCAUUUUUGCCAGAAAGCCAAGAGGUCUUCAGGAGCUGGAGAGGUGAAAAGCCACAGAGUUCAGGCAAUUCAUGCUAUACACAGGCAAAAUUGUCCUGAAGGGGAUUCUAAGAGAUGAUCUCUAUGGCCACUUUAUGGCUUUCAGUGUGGCAAUGUGUACUCUCAUUAGUCCAAUGCUUCUUAAGCGGUACUCACAGUAUGCAGCUGACCUGCUGAAGUUCUUUGUUGAGAGAGGUAGGGAGCUGUAUGGACACCAUUUUCUGGUGUACAACACUCAUUCAAUGCUGCACAUUGUGGAGGAUGCUGUGUCUUUCAAUGGCCUGGAUAACUGCAGUGCUUUCAAGUUCGAAAACCACCUGAAAACAGUCAAAAGGAUGGUGAGGAGUGGUAGAUGCCCACUAUCUCAAGUUGUAUGUCGAAUUGAGGAGCAGCGACUACAGCCGAUAAAAAUGUCAAGGCAAAACGCAACCCUCAAGAACUUCAUUCUGAACAGCCAGGACUGUUGUGAGGUCAUUGAGGACAAGGACGGAAGCCAUCUGUGCCGUCUGUAUCAAUACCCAGAACCUCAUUUUCUGGAGCCUUGUGACUCCACAUUAAUUGGAGUGCUUAACCCUUGUGUUAUCUUCAGGUCAUUCUGACCCAUCAGUCAUUGUGACCCACCGUCGUAUUGCGACAAUUUUACCGCAUACAAAAACAAAGUGAAGCAUUUCCUUUUAACCGUUGGGCUGUCUCAGACUCCCCACAUUGCAAAGGUUAAAAUACAAUUUUUUUUAUUUGUUUUUGUAUUGGGUAAAAUUGGGUAAACACAACGAUGGUUUGUUAUGAACCUUUGGGUCAUGUGACCCGAAGGCAGCACAAGGGUUAAGUUUAAAAACACAGCGUUGAGAUGGAUCCCAAGCCAAAACUUGCACAGAGGUGCAAUUCGAAUUCCCAUGGGUGGAAAAACUGUUUUCAUGGCCAUUCUUCAUGAAAUAUGAGACAUUUUUUGAGGAAUACUGUUUACACCAGACCUGGGCAUUGUACGGAAAAACAAAAGGUUGAUACAGUUAUCUGUUUUUAACAUUUCCGGAGUUUUAAUAAGGAUCAUUGGACUGACUGUGCGCUUCACUAGCGUGAACGUUCCACCUCCACUAUUCCCUGUUUUUAUUGUAUCGUUGUAGCCUAUGUAUUAUUGGCACUUGCAGGUGUACGGCCAGGGCCCUGAUUGGAUAGUUUGCAUGUAUGUCCAGCUAUGCUUAGACCAGAGUGAUUAAUUGCCGUGAACCUCACUGCCGUUUUGGGUGUGUGUGCUCACUUAUUGCAUCGUCUUGACAUUUUGUGUGUAAUUGCAGUGCCUAUUUCACCGCGUUGUUAUUAGCUGUUAUUACAACUGGCCUCCUUCUCUCACUGAGAAGAACUGAACUGAAACAACUAAAUGAACCAGAACAAACAUGUAUUGCUUUUUGUAUAAAGUUGAUCAAUUGCAUAUCUUUAACAUACUGCAAAACAACUAUUCAUUGUUUGAAGAUUAACUAGUUACAAAUAAAAUGAAACACUUAUGGAAUUGUUUUUGUUUUUACUGUUUAUUACUUCUAUGGUCUUUUACUAUUUGACCUACACCACAAUUUGAUAUAUUUACAGAAUAUCCUUAUUCUUCUGAACCUGUAGCAGCUAAUCAACAUAUAUACUUUUACAAUGGGAGAAAAUGAAUAGUGAGCAGAAUUAAAUUCAAGUUAUUGUUGAUGUCGCCCUCCAACACAUUUCAGGUUUCUCAUGUGGCCCCUUGUAAAAAUGAAUUGCCCACCGCCGGUUUACACCGAUGCAAUACCAAUUUACUGUAAUAGCUUUACUUGCCUCUUAUAACAGGAUGUAUAAUAUUGUGGAGUUUACUGAGGAAGGGCUGGUUGGGAUUGUAGCCCAAUCCUGGACAUUUACAGACAAUGGGGAGACAUACAGUUAUUGGCCCCCGGCCCAUCCAACCAAGAGGGCCAGACAUAAUGAAAUGCCCGAUACGGCAUUAUGGAUCUCCAGAAAAGUGCGGGUGUUUGCAACUACAGGAGACUUUGAGAAAGCCUUGUGGUGGAGCAAGACGGCUGAAUAUCAAUCCACCGUUGAGACGGAAGACGAAGCUCCACAAAAACGAGUAGUCAAACGUCCGCACAAAUAUGUGGACAGUAGUGGAGAUGAGGAGCAGCCAUGGGUCAUGGAGAAGAGGCAAAAGAAAAUUAAAGAUUAUCCUACCACCGUCACACGGCCUGGCGACGUGUCCCUGUUAAAUAAUGAUGCCAUACACCCAGGAGUGGUAGAGGAGAACCCAUUGGAGGCCCAAGAAAACAGCUGGCAGCCCGCUGUACCAUCUUGGGAGAAAACAUUUCAGAAAAUUCAAGACACGUUACAGGUUAUUUUACAAAAAAUGGAGACCUUGGAGGAGAACCAGAGAGAGGCUCUCCUCUUCAGGCGGUCACAGGGCGGACAGGACAGGACUGUUUUAGACAUUCAGGUGUCCCAAACUUUGGCCGAACUCCAAGACCUGGAGGAGCGCCUUACAGUGCUGGAGUUCCGAAAGAGAGUGAUCCACCAUCUGAGCCUUGUCAGUGGGUCCAGCCCUGGAGAGUGCGUGAGGAGGGUGAUGCGGGCAUUGGCCACCAAUGCCGUAUGGAGCAGCUACAGCCUCAGGGGAAAGAAGGGGAAGCUGCCACUCCUCGGCACAGCCCUGAGCACGACAAUUAAACAUGCUGUGAUGAAGUGGCAGACCGGACUGGGGGAGAAGGCGGUAGAGCUCCUCAUAGGGGACAUGCUCAAACAUGCCCCGGCAGCCCAUUUGAAACGAGCCAGACAGGACCUGUAGCGGAUUGGGAGAAGAUUUUAGUUUUGCACUUUGUUUGUUUUGCACUUUUGUUUUGCUGUGUUUGUUUGGCACUUUUGUUUUGCAGUGUUUGCACUUUUUAUAUCAAGUAUGUAUAUAUUUUGGCCAUUUUAGUUUUUAUUCUAAAUGUUACAUACUUAAGCCCCUUAGGGGUGAGAGUUUGUACAUUGUCAUUUUAGCAGACGCUCUUAUCCAGAGCAACUUACAGUAAGUACAGGGACAUUCCCUGGAGGCAAGUAGGGUGAAGUGCCUUGCCCAAGGAUACAACAUCAUUUGGCAACCUUCUGAUUAAUAGCCUGAUUCCGCUCAGCCAUCUGACUCCCCUUUAGUAUAGGUAGACCACAUAUUUAAGAUUCCUAUAUGUUGAAUGUAUAUACCUUCCUGCCAAAGUAAAUUCCUUGUCUGUGCAAACUUUCAUGGCGAU